GAUUGUGAAUAGUGAUUGUUUACUUCCGCCUUGUUACUGAUGCCAAUCAAAUUAUUAGCAACUGUCAAGAAAUAGUCUUACUGUACGUUAAAAAAGUAUUGCUUUUCACCUCUACCCGAUGUCCUAACAAGAAUUUUAAGGUCCCCAUUUUAUUAUCUGUCGUUGCACCUGAUCCUGUGUUGUAAGUUAAAAAAGUACACUUUCAAGUGGUUCUGUCGUUGAUUGGUCACCUGCAUCAUGGCAUACCCAGGGCCUGUUCCUCGGGCAGCUGAUGAAUGCCUGUCGCGAGUGAACCUGUACGUGGAAUGUAAAAACUUGCUGAACAAAGAUGUCAUGUCCAAGUCUGAUCCCUGUGCUGUUUUGUACAUGUCGAGGAAAGGCGGUCAUCUUGUUGAGAUUGCACGCACUGAAAAUGUGCAGAAUUGCUUGGAUCCUAAGUUUGCUAAAGCACUACGUGUUGAUUACUUCUUUGAAGAGGUUCAAAAGAUAAAACUUGCAGUUUAUGAUGUGGAUAACUCUACCCCUUCCUUGUCCGAUGAUGACUUCCUUGGAGCAGUCGAAUGUACCCUUGGACAGCUGGUAUCAAAUAGCCCAUACACAAAACCGCUGUUGCUGAAAAAUGGAAAAAAGGCAGGACAGGGCAUUAUCACUGUGCGAACAGAGGAGGUACAGGAGGGUGGAGAGAUGGUGCAAAUUUCAUUUCGAGCGAAAAAACUCGACAACAAAGACUUUAUGGGCAAAUCAGAUCCUUAUCUUGAAAUUCAAAAGCCGACCAUCGAUGGGGGUUGGCAGAUUAUUCACAGGACAGAGGUGGUGAAAAAUAAUCUCAACCCAACUUGGAGAACUGUGAGUCUCUCCGUUCAGAGCCUGUGUGCUGGCAAUAAGAUGCAACCCAUUAAGAUUGACUGCUAUGACUGGGACAGUGAUGGGACCCACGACUACAUCGGAGGCUUCACCACAAAUCUGGAUGACAUGAUGAAAGCUGCGGGGGGCGAGGUUUCCUUUCCCUGCAUCAAUCCUUCCAAGAAGGCAAAGAAGAAAAAUUACUCGAACUCAGGUCUGAUCUUCAUCUCUUCCUGCAAGAUUGUCAAAGAGCAUACUUUCCUGGAGUACAUCUUUGGUGGAAUGCAGGUCAAUUUCACAGUGGGCAUAGACUUCACAGCUUCCAACGGUAACCCAUCCCAGUCUACGUCCCUGCACUACAUCAACCCGUACCAGCCCAACGAGUACAUGGGGGCCAUCAGAGCUGUGGGAGACGUGUGUCAGGAUUAUGACAGUGACAAAAUGUUCCCAGCUCUUGGAUUUGGUGCAAAAAUUCCCCCUGCUAGACAAGUUUCUCAUGAAUUUGCCAUUAACUUCAAUCCUCAGAACCCAUAUUGUGCAGGCAUCGAUGGAGUUCUGGCGGCGUACACAAACUGCAUCCAGUACGUUCAGCUGUACGGCCCCACCAUCGUGUCACCCAUCAUCAACCACGUGGCACGCUUCGCGCAGGCGGCUCAGCAAGAGGAGCCUCAGAAAGGAGCCCACGCCUACUACAUCCUACUACUGCUGACCGACGGAGUCCUCAGUGACAUGGGAGACACGCGCCAGGCUAUCGUCCAGGCCAGCAAGCUGCCCAUGUCGCUCAUCAUCGUGGGCGUGGGCAACGCAGACUUCAGCGACAUGAACGAGCUUGACGGGGACAAUGGCGUCCUCAAGGCUCCAUCGGGCGAGGCCGUCAAGCGGGACAUUGUCCAGUUUGUGCCGUUCAGGGAGUUUAAGCAGAGCACAGCGGCUGAGCUGGCCCGCCACGUUCUGUCGGAGGUUCCCAAGCAAGUGACGGACUACUACAAGUUCCGAGGCCUCAAGCCCAACCCAGCCCGGCCCGCGCCCCCUGCAGGCCCCCCCACGAGCUGAGAGCUGAGCGGGCUCCGAUAGUGACGAAAAAGAAAACUUUAGAUUGGCGCUUCUCAUAUAGUUAGAUGUGUAUUUAUUCCAUUUGUUGUUCUUUUGUGAUGAAAGCAUGUCCUCCAGUGAUACUAAUUGUCUUGGGACUCAAAGUUUGCCAGCUAUGCCUUAAAACAGUUUAGAAGAAAGAAAUAUUUUUGGGACGUCGUUUAUUAUAUAUGGUGAAUUUUUGAAGAUGAUAUUUUUAUCUGUAGUAGAUGUAUCUUUUCAAGGUCAAAUUGUCUUUUUUUUAAAGCAGUUUCUCACAGUGGUGCAACUGUUUUUUGCCCUAGAAAAGCUCACGUGAACCAAGCUCUUUUCGCUAACUGGAAAGUUUUACAAAUGCUUCUGUAACUGUUCUAUUAUGAAGUGAUCGUAUGUCGUCAUAUUCAUAACAACCUUGCAAACAGUCAAGUAUUGCUUCAUCAAAUAGGUGCAAUAUCCGAUAACUUACUCAAGGUUUUUCAAGGGAGGGGUCGCGGCGGUGCUUUUUCUGACAGGAGGUUUGUCACGCUUUUUGAUAAUAAUUUCUUUCUCUCAACUUCUGUCAAUGCCCUGCUGUUCUGCAUUUUAUCGUGGCCAAGGGAAUGUUCAUUUAUUACGCUGUUGAAUUUCAGCUCAGCUAUGAAUAUUUAGAUUGCUGUAAAGUUCUCAUUACGAAAUUUAAACUCUGGUUACAGUUCAGAUUGUUCGUCCAAUUGAGACGAAACAGAAUUGGGUUUUCAGCGAAGUUUAUCUUGUGAUAAUGAAGCAGUAAGGUUAGCGCAUUUAACUUGUAAUGUCUGCAAAUCCAGCGUUUACUUCAUACGUUAUCUGAAACGCAGAGAGGACUAGUUUGUGGUGGGACGUAGGAAAAUAAGCUCGUUGGAAAAGAGAUGGAUGUAAAUGUGUUUUCUUGUCUUUUCACAGGCUGGUUGCUUUAUUGUUGCCCGAUAUAAGAAAUGGCAGUAGACGUACUUAUUUCAGACAGAACUCUUUGCACCUAAAACAGAUAUUUACUGCUGCCGGUUGAAAUGAUUGGUCUUUUCUAUUAAUGCUCCUUUCUAUUAUUUUUUUCUUUCGCAAGUCUUGAACAAAAUGAAUUGGUUAAGUAACGAAUGGAUUUAUAUCA